AUGCGCGCUGGCACCAGGGACGGCGGUGGCGGCGACAGAGGCCGAGGAGCUGGCUCCGGUCCGGCAGCCUCCCGCGGACCCCCGCCUCUGUGUAUGUCACGGUCUCUAUGGAGAUCCCCCGCAGAGGACAGAGCGAGCUGCUCCAGGCGCUGCUUAGGCCUAACUCGACCACCGGCUGAUGGGGAUUCUUCCGUCGCCCUAGCCGUAGCUGCCGCAGUUGAAGCCGCCGGCGCCGCCCGCCUACCCCUCCCCUCUGCGCACAGCGCCCGCCCCGCCGUCGUCGUCGUCCCUGCAGUCGCCGCCGCUAUUGCGCCUAUUGCCGCUGCUAAGGCCGCCGCCGCGGUCGCGAGCCAGAACGCCGUCACUCGUCAGCGCCCGACGCGCUUGCAUCAUCAUACUGCGACCGAGUUGAUAGGCCAAGAGGAAGGGAGGGCCGGUGGAGCCCGCGCUCUCGGCGCGCGGCACGCUGGGAAGAGUAGUUCAGCGGAAGAACGCGAGUUCUCGGCAAGGAGGACGCGGAAGGAGAUCCACGCACCCGCGCAGAGGCACAAAGCCAGGAGCUCCAUUCUUUUCACUGCGCUUAGCGGUAAACUGAGACUUUGAAAGAGGCGUUCAACGUAAAAACUAACCCCCGUUCACUCUGCUUCGCCAUCGAUGGGAACCAUAAAAUCCAUGGGAUAGAGCUGUUGUGCUCAUUUCGGUAGAGUACUUAGUACCUGUCCUGGUAUACAAGAAAUGCAGUAAGGGACUACAAUUAUUACCCACGCAGUCAGCUCCCAUUAGAGGUAAGUGGUAGGUUGCCAGUCAUAAAAGUAUAAAUAUAUUUGCUCCGAAUAGAAAACAUUAUAUUUAGGAAAGUAAGUAAGCUGGGAUCAAACACUGAACUCACAAAGUACAGAGAUUGUAGGAAUUGACCGUUAGAAAGGGCUUGGUGGUCUCAUGGUUCUGCCCUUCCAUUCAACCGACCGGAGAGGGGUUCAGAGAAUUCAGGUGGCGCCUUCACGCCAGGCAGUCAAAGCCACGGCUAUAACCCAAUUUUUCUUUAAGAGUAGAAACAAGUGCCCAAAUGAGUAGAGGGGAAAGCCUGCUGGGGAGGGAAAAAAAAAAAAAGAAAGAAAGAAAAAAACCACCACAUAUAGGCUUAGUGUUUCAUUUGAGACAAUUGAUUUUAAAGCUUCAUAGUAUCUUUGGACUCAAACUUAAUUUCAGAUCUAUCACUUACUAGCUGUGUGGCCUUGGGGAAGUUACUGAUCCUCUUUCUAAGCUUCAGCUUCCUCAUCUGCAAAUAGAAUGAAUAUUUACCUCAACAGGGUGUUGGUUCCGAUGAAAGCAUGAAUAAAUGUAUAGCUCAUAAGAACUGCUCGGAGGGGAAGCAUGUAAUAUCCAGCUAUCAGAUACAAAUGAACUCUAAGACAUUCAUACCGUCUCUACCACCAAACUGCACCAUUCAAAGCACUCUAUAACAUCACGUAAGUCAAAUUGUGAAACCAAACGUACAGUACCUCGGAUUUUGUAAUGCCUUUCAGCACCUAAGGAAACAGUAUCAGGCAUUGGUUUACAGAGCAAAGGACUUUCCCUGGUGCCUCUGACAAUAAUCACCAAGAUUAUAAGGAGUUGCCAACUAUGACAGACAAAAUUAAUCUACUUCCUCCGUUUUCCUGGUCUUCCUACCUCCAUGCCCAGGCUCCACCAGCAAUGCCCCACUAGACCCCUCAGGUGUACAUACUUUUCCUCAUCCUUUUUAAAUACAAUUGUUUCUCUUUCACAGCUCUUAGCUAGGUUUUUGACAAGCGGAGCAAAGUAGUUCCUAAUAAGUUAACUCAUGGGGAAGAUCUGUACCUGAAUCUUUCAUUGGGCUGCAUACAUGGAAGAUGGAACUGUAGCCCAUCUCAUUUUCCCUUUUCACCCUACCAGAUUCAGAAUUUCCGGCACAGGAGAGUGAACUGGCUGGGACUCAAAAAUCAUCCCUUUCUUGGUGAUUUGUUAUUUGAUGUGUGUGGAGGACAACCUUCAUAUCCAGGCUUUGAAAGGAACAUGU